AUGUCACUUCAAACGAAGACAACCUACCUCGAGCAUCUCGUUGCAGCUCCCACUCUGUCUACACCAGACCCUUGCCCAAUUUGCCACGACGACAUCAAAGCACCCUUCAAGACCGAGUGCAACCACAUCUUCUGCGUCGAGUGCCUUAAGACCUGGCUCGAGUCCGCGAAUACCUGUCCUUCAUGUCGCAACAAGCUCUUUGAGAAGGUUGAGUCGGACACCACAGGAGCGGCGGUCGAUGCUGCCGCAGAAUCGUCCUGGCAAAGAGUCUCUGCGAUGAUGGGAGAUACCGAUGCAGAGUUCAUUCGGUAUCCUGCGCGGAGUGGAAUGCCCAUUGGUACCCCAGGGCGGAGUUAUGAGGCUGAAGCAAGGUUCGGGUGGCUCAUCUGGGAAUUAGAGGAAGAGCUCAGAGCAAGACAACAAGAGGAAGAGCAUGAAGCGGACGAGGAGGAAUCGUCGGAGGAGGAUGACCUGGAGGAGGAGGAGGAGGAUCCACUAUGA